AAAGUUAGUUUUACUGAACUAUAAAACCAUAUAAAAACAAAGAAGUAGAAAUAAUAGUUAUGUAUGCAUAAGGACAUCUAUAGAAAUACCGGCCUCCGUCUAUCCCUCCUCGAUGAACAUUUGCACCAAGCAAUCCUCACCAUGUACGGGAAGGCGACCGGUGGGGAGGGCGCCAGCGGGGAGGGAGACACCGGGGAGGGCGCCGGUGGGGAAGGUGAUGACGCGGUGGCAGAUGGUGGCGCGACGACGGAGGCAGGUGCGACGACGGAGGUGCGGCGCGGGGCGGCAGGCUAGACGAAGGCAAUGAGAAGAGAAACGAGAGAAAAGUGGGCCCGUUUCGGUUUAAAGGGGUAGGCGCCUGACGCCUACCCCUGUACACGGUGUAGACGCCAAGAUCUAUGGCGCCUACCCCUACCACGUAGGUGCCAGGUCACCACCAACACCAUCGCCAUGUCUAACACCUAGGCGCCAAUAACAUUGGCGCUGGUGUGUGCUAGCUAGGCGAGGUUUAUUUUUUAAAAUCAAACUGUAAAUAACAUACUUUUGUAAAUAAAAUUUAAAAAGGACUAAAUUGCAAAAAAGAAAAAAAAAGUUGGUCGGGGCACCUGCUGUCAGACUGCGCUCGUGGCGGCGCGCCCAGUUCCACUCUCCCAGGGCGCCGCCUGCGCCUCUCGUUCUCUAUAUAAAACACCGCCGCCCCGCGUCCGCGAAGGCCAAGGUUCUCAGCACGGCGCGCGGCCCGCCUCCCCACCGGUCUCGCUCUCGCAGUCCCUCGACCGCUCGUCCCGGCAGAGCAGGUAGGUCGUUUCAUCCUCGCAUCCCGGUGCGCGACCCUGCCCUCACCUGUUUCACCUGUCGUCUUUUGUGCCGCGCCUCGAGAUGAUAUUAUUGUCUACGGGGGAAUUGCCGAAUUGGCUGGCCCCGUGGUCUUUCGCGUGCCCGCCGGAGUCAUCUUCUCUGGGUGAAACGAGUCAAGUAUUCACGGCCUCACGGGGGGACGGGGAGCGACUCCAUUGUUGGGUGGGACGGGGAGCGACUCCAUUGUUGGGUGGGACGGGGAGCGAUUGAUGGCAGUGUCGUUUCCCCGUGCGCAGCGCCUCCUUCCACCGCCGCGUUCUUGGAGCCAUGCUCGCAUCGCUGCGGGCGCCGGGAUCUCUCUGUCGCUUUGUGGCUCCGUCCACUUUUGAUGGACUCCUGGCGAAAUGCGUGAGCGUGACACGGCGCCACGCCACGCCACGCCACGCCACGCGACGCGACGCGACGCGACACGACACGACACCCAGAGCUCCGUGGUAGCUGGGCGGCGGAUAGAGUUGAGUUGAGUUGAGUUGUGUGUGCUUCGGCUCCGUCCCUGCCGUGUGCCGUCGUGUCUCUGAGUGGCUCCGGACGCUUCUUUGUUUCGGGUGAAAAGGCGACAUCGUCCUCUUGCUUUACCCCCCUUUUCACCUCUGAUCUGCCGUGUAGGAGCUGAGUUGCCAGUGAAGGACCACAAGACCAUUUUUUACUUUCCUUCAUAUCUUGACAGAGGCAGCCUUUAGGCCAUACGAAGCUGUACUGUCCAAGGAUGUGACGAAACACCCACACACCAGUCCAUCGCCCGUUCCGUGAGCUUCCACAGGUCUAUUUCACCCAUCCGUCAUCCUAACAAAGGACUACUCUCUCUCGUCCUCGUCCCGCCUCGCAGUCGCAGCACGAUGGUGACCAACGUGGUGGACCUCCGGUCGGACACGGUCACCAAGCCGUCCGACGCCAUGCGCGCCGCCAUGGCCGCGGCCGACGUCGACGACGACGUCCUGGGCGCUGACCCCACCGCGCGCCGCUUCGAGGCGGAGAUGGCCGCGCUCCUGGGCAAGGAGGCGGCGCUGUUCGUGCCCUCGGGCACCAUGGCCAACCUCGUCUCCGUCCUCGCGCACUGCGACGUCCGCGGCAGCGAGGUCAUCCUCGGGGACGCCUCCCACAUCCACGUCUACGAGAACGGCGGCAUCUCCACCCUCGGCGGCGUGCACCCCAGGACCGUGCCCAACAACCCCGACGGCACCAUGGACCUCGCCAGGAUCGUCGACGCCAUCAGGAACCCCGACGGGGCGCUGCUGUACCCGACGACCAGGCUCAUCUGCCUGGAGAACACGCAUGCCAAUUCUGGUGGGAAAUGCUUGUCUGUAGAGUACACAGACAAGGUUGGCGAAAUUGCCGUGAACCACGGCUUGAAGCUUCACAUCGAUGGAGCUCGUAUUUUCAAUGCCUCUGUGGCACUGGGAGUUCCUGUACAUAGACUUGUAAAAGCUGCCGACUCAGUUUCGGUAUGCCUAUCUAAAGGGUUAGGCGCACCCAUCGGAUCAGUUGUUGUUGGUUCAGAGGCCUUCAUCGACAAGGCUAGAAUUCUUAGGAAGACCCUAGGCGGUGGGAUGAGGCAGGUUGGAGUUCUUUGUGCCGCUGCUUAUGUUGCUGUUCGUGACACCGUGGGAAAGCUUGCGGAUGAUCACAGGAAGGCUAAAGCCUUGGCAGGUGUUCUUCGAUAUCGUGGAUCCACGCAUUUCACCGAGCAAGCUAUGCCAAGUCUUGGAACAGCGCAAUGUUCUUGCAAUGCCAGCAAGUUCAAAAAGUGUCAGGUUCGUCAUCCAUUACCAGAUUUCAGACAGCGAUGUUCAAUAUGCAUUGACGUGUGUCGAGAAAGCUGUUGAAGAGCUACUGAAGGGCGGUACAAAGUUGGAGCAUUUGACGAAUGGUACUGCCAAAAACUCAUAUUGGCACUAGACGUCAGCAGGGUGUCCUGCUUGUUUGUUAUCAACGCUAGCUGUUAAAACUCUUCUCUAUUAAUGAAAUAGGGCACACCACUCGUGUGCCCGUUUGAUCCAAAAAAAAAUCUAGCUGUUAAUUUGUAGUCACACCUUUGCCGGAUGGCUGUUGCUGUUUACUCUUCACUCGGAUGUGUUCGUUCUUGUGCUCUAUAGCUUACCUUCUCAGAAUUACCUGGUCCGUUUCCGCUUCCUGGUAAGACGGAUGCAAUGAAGUAUUGCAAAUGCAGAACAUACGUUGCCCAGACAAUACAGUUUCUUUAGCUAUGUUGCCGCACUGAUUACUUAUAAGGAUAGGAAUCUAUCAAAUGUAGAAAUGAGCUAAUGGUGGCGUGCUCCAGGUGCGUGCGUUUAGUUGAUGGCAUGGAAUGGAAGACAGCUGCACUGUCAGUCAUCACUCAUCAAUCCCAGCUCAAUGUAUCGCCUUAUGUCUUGUUUGGAUAUUCGUAUGGAUUAGAUGAUAUUAGAAAAAAUUAAGAAGUUUGACUUGCUUGUAAUUUAAACUCAUCCAAUUCCACUUAA